AUGCCAAAGCCUCUACAGCACGAAGAUAGAAUCCAAUUAGCACUCGAGGCCUUACGUUCAGGCCAAAUCAAAAUCAUUCGCAAGUGCUGCGGAUGCGUUUGGUGUACCGAAGUCCACUCUCCACAGACGCGUCAAGGGGGGCGAAAGUACGACUAUCAACGGGCCUUAUGCGAGGAUCCAGAGAAGAUUUCAGCGUGGUUUGCACGAGUGCAAAGGACCAUCAACGAAUACGGUGUUCUUGACAGCGACAUCUACAACUUUGACGAGACUGGUUUCCAGAUGGGUGUUGCAAGCACGUCUAAAGUGGUCACUCGAUCUGACCGACGGAAUCGACCUGUUGUUAUCCAGCCGGGAAAUCGAGAGUGGACAACUGUCAUCGAGUGCAUUAACGCAUCCGGCUGGAGUGUUGACCCGAUGAUUAUCUUUGAAGGAAAAGUCCACAUUUCGUCGUGGUACGACGGCUCAGUGCUGCCAAAGACAUGGCGGAUUGGAGUCAGCGAUAACGGCUGGACAACCGAUGAGCUUACCUUCGAGUGGCUUCGAGAAGUCUUCGAGCCACAAACUCGAAAACGGACUGUUGGUCGAUAUCGGCUUCUCAUUCUCGAUGGUCAUGGAAGCCAUUCGACGCCUGCAUUCGACAAAUUCUGUACUGACCAUCGGAUCCUUACAGAGUGUAUGCCUCCGCACUCGUCGCACUACCUCCAGCCCCUUGACGUUAGCUGUUUCGCUGUGCUUAAGCGGACGUACGGCGACCUUGUCAAAGCGAAGAUAGCACUCGGGGUUCAUCACAUUGACAAACCGCGAUUCCUCGAACUGUUUCUCGAAGCUCGGAAAAAGACAUUCAAUACAAAGAACAUCGCAAGCGGCUUUAGAGCUGCAGGGCUCUUGCCUUUCGAUCCAACUCAGGUUCUUUGUCGGCUACAAACCAGGAUACGGACACUGAGUCCCCCUCCUACCCCUAUCCAACCGCCAAGUCUGCCUCUCAAAACGCCAGGAAACAUCGUCGAACUUGACUCUCUCCAAAGGAAACACCAGAGAGAGAUAAGCCCAACAGAUCAGGCGCUUCAGAAAAUCAUCAAGGGCUGCCAGAUGGCGAUGCACAAUGCUACUCUUUUGCAGGAAGAGAACUCGCGACUUCGAGCUGAAAAUGGUCGACAAAAGAGAAAGCGGGCACGCCGAGCUUUCAUUCAAACAGGAGGGACUAUGACGAUUGGAGAAGGGAUGACACACAUCGAGGCCUCCCAGAAUGCUCGUCAGAAGGGUCAAGGAAGCCAGGAAGCUCGUCGAGAGGUCGAAGAAGGAGAGGUGGGGCCAUCGGACACGACUGCGCCAAAGGCACGAAAGCGUGCGCAGCCGAAGUGCAGUUUAACUACACAUGAUGCUACUGUUGACCCCAACAAGAAUCGUGAUCGAACCUCAGCCAUGGCGUCUCCCACAUCGGUCCUAUCAAAGACACUGCAGAGCAUCACCCUCAGCAAAAUCCGCGAAUUGGAUAUCCGCCAUAAGUCUUAUGAAGACCGCAAACGUGCCUUUCUUGCCAAGGCUGAUGCCGCUAUUGAUCACCGUGACCGCCUCGCCUGCCUUCUUGAGGCCGUGAAGGAGCUCUCCCCGGCCGCCUCGAAAGACGUCAGCCUUGACAACAUCCAGCGCUGGCUGGACCAGUCCCGGUACGAUGCGUCCAUUCCCGUAUCCAAGCUGGACAGCUUCAGCCACCAGCUUCGCGCCAAGCUCGACGUUCAGAGCCGCAAGCUAGACAUGGCUCACCUCCCUCCAGAGUGGAUGGACCAGCCGAUUGUCGAGCCACUGCCGGCCUCGGCCGACGAUCCGGAUGGUGACUCGUUUGAGCUAGUUGAACGCCAACGCCAGCGGCUGAGCGAGCUGGUCGACAAAUUCGAGCAAGUCGUCUUCAAGCCGCUUGAGACGGAUGAGACCGAGAUGCGGAACUUUCUGGAUCCAGCUGGCUUCAUGUCCGAGACUGCCCCCUUCACCGAAGAGUCUCUCACUAGCUGCAUUAAGGGCCUCCUAACCGAGGACAUCCUCAGCGACGAGAAGCAGGCAAUCCUACGCGACUUCCUCGAGAGCAAUGUUGCCAAGUCGGAGAUCGCCGAUGUCUUGAACAUGCGCUUCUCCGACCUGAAGCAGUGGCACUGGGAUGCCGGGAAAGAUGGAAUUCGUGUCAUGCCGCGCCGCGGCUUGAACGGCAAGUAUCGGGUGUGGGCCGAUGAUGAUAUCUUGCAGAUGAUUUUUGUCCAACACAUCGGCAUCAGAUUGUGCAACAUGCUAAAGCCAGCACUGAAGAGUUUUAUGGAGAGUGUGUGCUCGCGAAAUCUCGAGGGUCACAGGGCCCCAUCCGCCUCCGAUCUGGAGAGGCAUCAGUUCUACACGAAUAGCUACGCAACAUCUCUGGCGAACAUUGAGUCGCAGCGCAAGUCCGACUACUUUGACAAGUUCUUCCUCUCACAGCUCCCAGCCACCGAGACUUCGCUCUUCGACGGCGAUAACAACUACGACGAUGAUAGCGACAACCAGACCGUCGAUAGCGGCUAUCAGGACGUGACAUCCUCGCCGCAGAAACGGUCUGGCAUCAAGCAGCAGCUCUUGCGCCACCUCACCACAGAGCUUAUUGUCCACCGUCUCCGAGAUGUCACGUACGAGACGCGGGGCGGGGCCGGGCACGGCGUCGCCUUGGUCCAAACCGACCUACAGUGGUACGCCACGGGCCUUUCACACAACACAGUAUUUGCCCUCAUGCGCUACGUCGGCUUUGGCCAGGACUGGAUCGACUUCUUCAAGAAGUAUCUCGAGUCCCCCUUGAACUUGGACGCGGCCUCCGACGACCGCCCGCAGCUCGGGCCGCGCAUCCGCAAGAGGGGUGUUCCCAUGGCGCACGCCUCAGAGAAGUUUACGGGAGAGCUAGUGCUGUUCUUCAUGGACCUCGCUGUCAACCGUGACACCGGAAUCCUACUGUACCGGCUACACGAUGACAUCUGGCUCGUUGGCGAGCCCGAGAGGAGCGCUCAAGCCUGGACCUGCAUGCAAUCCUUUGCCAAAGUGUUCGGCCUCGACUUCAACAAGGCCAAAACCGGGUCUGUCUACCUUCCAGGGUCCGCCAAGCGAGACGAAACCAUUGCCCAGACGUUGCCGGCUGGCCCGGUCAAGAUUGGCUUCUUGUGUCUUGAUCCAGAGACUGGUAAAUGGGUGAUUGACCAGAAGCUCGUCGUAGCGCACGUCGAUCAACUGAAGAAGCAGUUGACCGAGUGCAAGAGCGUGCUGUCGUGGGUCCAGACAUGGAAUAGCUGCAUCGGCCGCUUCUUUAGCCACACCUUUGGCGAACCGGCACGCUGCUUCGGUCGGGAGCACGUCGACGGGGUUUUGAAUACCUACCAAACCAUGCUACGGCGGCUAUUUCCAGGCUCCAAUGGUAAGGAGGGGAGCGUCGUUGAACACAUCAAACAAAUGAUCCAGACUCGCUUCGGCGUCUCGGACCUACCUGACUCUUUCAUCCACAUGCCCGAACAACUGGGUGGCCUAGGCCUCCGAAACCCCUUCGUCGGCUUGUUCCUAGUCCGCAACAACAUCAACGAGACACCGGAGAAGAUUAUCGAAGAGUAUCUCAAAAAGGAGCGGGAAGACUAUCUAGACGAAAGAAAACACUUCGAGUCGACCACGGAAUCAAUCCGUCGUCGCCGACUCCACCGUAUCUACGGGGACAACGACUCCAGCAAGACGCGUGCCAUCACGGAGUUGGAUAUGUCGGUCUUCUUUUCGCUCGAGGAGUUCUCCCGGUUCCGCGAACGACAGAGCCACCAAUUUUUCCGCACUUUUGAAAAACUUAUCUGUGUCCCGGAGAUGGAGGAGAUUGCGCUGAGUAAGGAGGUCGAGAGUGAGCUGAGGCAAUUUCUGGCCGGCAGCGUCCGGCUCGAUGCGGAAAUGAAGUGGUUCCUUCAACUCUAUGCCAAGGAACUGCAGGAGGACUUCGGCGGGCUGAGCCUUGUCGACAAGCAGUUCCUGCCUGUCGGCGUCCUGACCAUGAUGAGGGGCAAGAAGGUCAGCUGGAAUAUGAUCCUCUGA